AUGUCCAAACCUGCCAACCCGACCCCCUCUCAACUCCUUUUUCUCUUGUUGUGUUUGAGCUGGGCCCUGACAUGGCCCUGCGGGGCGCUGCCCAGUGCCCCGGACUACCUGCAGCGCGGCUGGCAAAGGCUGCUGGAGGAAGGAGAGAGCUGCUCGGACUGCAGCCCGGAGGAAUGCCCCACCCCCCGGGGAUGCCUGGCAGGCCUGGUGCGGGACCCGUGCGACUGCUGCUGGGAGUGUGCCAACCUGGAGGGGCAGAUCUGCGACCUGGACAACACCAAUCACUUCUACGGGAAGUGCGGGGACCACCUGGAGUGCAAGCUGGACACGGGGGACCUCCGGAAGGGCGAGGUGCCCGAGCCCCAGUGCGCUUGCCUCUCCAGCCAGACCCUGUGCGGCUCUGAUGGGAAGACCUACACCCAGAUCUGCAAGUUCCAGGAGGUGUUUCAUGCCCAUCCCGAGUCAAAUCUCACCGUGGCCCACGAGGGACCCUGUGAAUCAGAGCCCCAGAUCUUGUCUCCUCCCUACGAUGUGUGGAACGUCACCGGGCAGGACGUGAUCUUCGGCUGCGAGGUCUUUGCCUACCCCAUGGCGUCCAUCGAGUGGAGGAAGGACGGUGUGGAGAUCCUGCUGCCGGGAGAUGACCCCCACAUCUCUGUACAGUUCAGGGGCGGCCCCCAGAAGUACGAAGUGACCGGCUGGCUGCAGAUCCAGGGCGUCCGGGUGACGGACGAGGGCACCUACCGCUGCUUCGCCAGGAACAGGGUCGGGGAGGUGGCUGCGCUCGCCAGCUUGACGGUGCUGACGCCGGAUCAGCUGAACAUGACGGGGCUGUCCCUGCCCAGGCCGCGCCCGGGGCCCGAGGACGACGCGGAGAGCGAGGAGUCGGACGAUUAUUACUAA